CCAAGCAAGCAAAAUCCCUGAAGACGACAGGUGGUAGUGAAAGAAAGCGAGUACGUAGAAAUCUACACUCUGUCUUCUUCGCCCUCUCCUUGUCUUCGGUUUCAUCGAUCUUCAAAUUCUGAACUCUCAAGAGGGAAAAGCCAUUUCUCUGUGUCCUUUCUCUGCAGAUUCCUCAAAACUCUCUCUUUCUUCGUCUGCGCUUGACCUUAUUCUCUCUCAGCAAAAGCUCGCUAAGGCUGAACUAGAAAUCGCUGAAACCAAUGGCGUCUUCACUUUCCACUUCUGCGUCUGCUUCGGCUUCAGCUUCAGCUUCAGCUUCAGCCGUCGCCAAAGCCACUGUCAAUUUGCCUCAUUACAAUACUUACGCACUCUCUCGGGUCUCCUUUCGCGUCUCUCCUACAUCCAAGACCAAGGGUUUGAAGCUUGGUCGCAGUUCCACUUUUGUGAAAGCCCAGUUGAAUGAGGUAAGUUUCUUUCAGUGGUUUUCAUUAGAGGAUAUCUUUUCAAAUUUUUGUUCCUGCCUGGACAUGCUUUUGCGGUCAUUUGCCCCCUUCAAGGUUGCUGUGGAUGGAUCCUCAAAUGCUGCUGCCUCACCUCUAACCAAAUCAGAAGUACCGUCACAGGAAGCAAAGGAUGCUAAGCCAUCAAAUGAGCCUGCACCUCCAACUUUGGCUACAGAGGAGUCAAUAUCUGAAUUUAUUACACAAGUUGCAAGCCUUGUGAAGCUGGUUGAUUCAAGAGAUAUUGUGGAGUUGCAGUUAAAACAACUUGAUUGUGAAGUGCUAAUCCGGAAAAAGGAGGCCUUGCCUCAGCCACCGUCUCCUGCUCCAUUUGUUAUGACGAAUGCACCUUCACCUUCACCUUCACCUUCACCAUCACCACUAAUGCCACCAGCCCCAUCUGCAGCUUUCUCUACAGCCUCUAGUCCGGCUUCCACUGCUCCACCCCCAUCACCUGUACCUUCUGCUGCUAAAUCACUCAAGUCAUCACUUCCACCGUUUAAAUGCCCUAUGGCUGGCACAUUCUACAGAAGUCCAGCACCAGGUGAACCACCUUUGGUGACGGUUGGAGACAAAGUGCAGAAGGGACAAGUCUUAUGCAUCAUUGAGGCCAUGAAAUUGAUGAAUGAAAUAGAAGCUGAUCAGUCAGGGACCAUUGUCGAAAUUGUAGCAGAAGAUGGGAAGCCAGUCAGUGUCGACACGCCUCUGUUUGUGAUUGAACCUUAAAAGCACGCCGGUUGAGUAGACAAGUACUAGGUAAACAUUACUUGGCGAGUGAAGUUCUUGGAAAUGUUGAGAGAUGCGGCAUUGUUAUUGUAUUUGCAUGUUUUGUUUGGGAAGAGUUGUUAUGAGGGAAAACAUUAAUGAUUCUAAUAUGAGAAUUUUGUUUUUGAAA